CAUUAAUUUUAGUUGAACCAGCUGGUCAAAUUCAUCAAUUGAAAACAUUGCUUAAUUUCAUGUCAUUUGACUUAGAAACAAAAAUUAUACGGUGAUUAGUGAUUAGUGAUUAGUGAAGUAGGUAUGUGAAUGUGUACACUAUGCAGAGUAUUAUUAUAUAUAGUUUGAAGAAUUGAAGGAAUAAUCAAAAGUGAAGUGUGUGAAUCAGAAAUGGAUAAUUUUGUGUGGAGAGUGUUACCCCUUUUUGCACUGCUUGUUGCCUUCGUUACAUUCUUCUACUUGCAGGAUUCCUACAAGGCUCAAUUUUCUCCUUUUAUAAAGUUACCAGUUGAUGAUGAUAAUGAGUGCAGCCUUCUUCCCUUUCGACACUAUUGGAUAUCCAGCAAGCGCAUUCUGACCCCACAAGGCUUCAUUUCUGGCUCAGUGGAGAUAAAUGAAGGGAAGAUUGUAUCUGUUGUUGAAGGAUAUGGUAAGCAGGGGAAUUCUAGGCAAGAAGAGGUUAUUGAUUAUGGAGAGGCUGUUGUCAUGCCCGGCUUGAUCGAUGUGCAUGUACAUCUUGAUGAACCUGGGAGAACUGAAUGGGAGGGAUUUGUUACUGGUACUAGAGCUGCUGCUGCUGGUGGCGUGACAACAGUGGUUGACAUGCCUCUAAACAAUCACCCUACAACUGUGUCUAAGGAAACGCUAGAACUUAAGCUUGAAGCUGCAAAUAAGAAACUCCAUGUUGAUGCGGGGUUUUGGGGAGGCCUGGUCCCUGAAAAUGCACUUAAUACCAGUAUUCUUGAUGGCCUCUUAAGUGCUGGUGUUCUUGGUGUAAAGUCUUUUAUGUGUCCUUCAGGAAUUAAUGACUUUCCUAUGACUACUAUUGAUCACAUCAAGGAGGGACUACCUGUGUUGGCAAAAUAUAAAAGACCUUUAAUUGUGCAUGCUGAGAUUCAACUAGAUUCCGAAAGUCAUUCGGAACUCAAAGAUAAUAGAGACCCUCGAGUUUAUUUGACCUAUCUCAACACUAGGCCCCCUUCAUGGGAGCAGGCUGCUAUUAAAGAACUUGUGGGUGUUACGAAGGACACUAUAGUCGGAGGUCCUUUAGAAGGAGCGCAUGUUCACAUUGUCCAGAAGCAAAACGUCGAGGUGACAGCAUAAGUGUUGAGACAUGCUCCCAUUACUUAGCUUUUUCAUCUGAAGAGAUACCGGAUGGAGAUACUCGUUUUAAGUGUUCCCCACCCAUUCGAGAUGCACACAACAGAGAGAAACUGCGGGAGGCUGUACUGGAAGGGCACAUUGAUUUUUUGACUUCUGAUCAUUCACCUACUGUGCCAGAACUCAAGCUUCUUGAGGAGGGUGACUUCUUGAGGGCUUGGGGUGGCAUUUCAGGUUUGCAGUUUGAUCUUCCAGUGACAUGGUCAUAUGGAAAGAAAUAUGGAUUGACUCUGGAGCAAUUAUCGUUAUUGUGGAGCAAGAAACCCGCAGCAUUUGCAGGAAUAGAAUCAAAGGGAACCAUUGCAGUUGGAUACCAUGCAGACAUUGUAGUGUGGCAACCAGAGGUGGAGUUUGAUGUGAACGAAAAUUAUCCCAUUUUCCUUAAACAUCCUAGCCUCUCUGCUUAUAUGGGAACACGGUUAUCCGGAAAAGUUUUGGACACUUUUGUUAGAGGAAACCUUGUAUUUAAGGAGGGGAAGCAUGCUUCUGCAGCCUGCGGUGUUCCAAUUCUAGCCAAAUGAAUUGGUUCAAAGUUUGGUUAAUGUAAUUUAUCCUGCAUGAUCCUAAUCCAUGCUAUAGAGGGGUUCCAAAGAUGCUAUGCUAUUUGGCUUGUGUCAUAAAUAAGAGAUAACAUUCUCCUUCUCCAAGCUAUAGAUUAAGAUUAGUGUUGUAGUUUAUAUUAUUGCUGUAUGCAUGUUUGAACACUAAAAUUUCUCAAAACCUUUCUUGUUAGAACAUUUCGAAGUUUAGUUUUCUGUAAUCUUCCACAUAAUUUUAGUAAUAAUAAUUCAAUAGCACUUGUAAAGUUGAGUUAUA